UAAAAAAUAUUUAUUUUUGUUUCAUAGUUUUACAAAUGGCUUCAUUGUAUUACAGUCCUCAAACUUAUGCAAUGAAUUCCCAAAGUAGAAUACCAACGAGAAUAAACAACACAAAUGCAGGAAAUAGUCCAGCUAAUCGGCAUCAUAAUGGUGGAUUUACUCAGAUACAAAAAGAAAAAACUGAUUCAAUAAAUAAUUUGUCACCCUUGCAGAAGCUUCAAAAAGAUUAUCAAGAAAAACUUCAGCUGGAAAAAGAAAGGAAAAUGACAUCUAUUUAUGACAAGUGGCGUGAAGAUGCUUUGAAAAGAGUAGAAAUGCAUUCUGGUAAUAGAAAUAAAAGACCUUCAAAAGAAAGUAAUUCUCGAAUUUUGAGUACAAAUGAAAGACAAUACGAGAAAUCUUCAGGAUAUUCUACAGCGUAUCAAAGAAGAAUUACAAAUUCUGCCCAAAACAAACAAUAUCCUCAAAAACCUCACAAAUUACCUCCCAUCAACAAUACACGAAAAGCUCGCAGCUUUCACACAGAAAGAGAAAGUCAAACUUCAGGAACUCCACCUGUUAAAAUCCGCAGUGUGGGACCUGCAACAGAGCAAGUUCAUCAUAUGCAAAAUGGAAACAAUAUGCAAGCCACCAUUGAUGAGGGCCAUGCAUCUCCGCCACCAAAUGUACAACAUCUUCGUUUACUUCGUGAGCGCAAGUUGAAACAAAGGAAAUUGAUAAAGUUGGAAGAAAAACGGCCAAAUUUACAAGACAGUCCUGGAUUUACUACCGAAAAGACUACGAAACGAAAACUAACAGAUUUUGAAAAGUGGCAGCAGCAACAAGAUGCCGAAAGAAUGGCAAGACUUGAAAAACACCAAAGGCAUCAACAACCUGUUAUUGGUUCUGCAGGAGAAUUUGACUCAUCGGAGUCUCAUUUCAAUAAAUCAAACAAAUUAUAUGCAAAACCACCACUUCAAUUUGCAGCCAGAAAACACAAAACCACGAACAGAGGUUUUGAUACCAACGGUGUUCAUACGAAGAGAUCAAUUUCUCCUGUUAUACAAAAACAAAAGAAUAAACAAUCAGGAAGACAAGAACCAUUACGACAAGGUUUUCAAAAUGAUAAUGAAAGAAAAAUUGCUGAACUUGAAAGACAGAUGAGACAGAAACAACUUGAUCUUGCCAGAAUGCGGGAGGUAGACAAAAGAACACGGUUGGACAGUGGAGGAUACGGAACAUCAGGAAGUGAAAAUGAUUCUGAAAAUGAACUCCUUUUUCUUACUUCUAAUGCACCAAGUUCCAAACCUAUGAAAGUCCCAUUAAGAAGAUUCAGGCCUUCAAAUCACAAUGUAUUAUCUGGCGAUGAAGAAGAUGACAAAUCAGAUGUUGGAUUCCAGAUGAAACCUGUUUUAGUACGAAGAGAUGCGAGUAGUGGAAGUAGUAGAGGAACACCAAAAAAGGAUAAAACACACGCCACACCAAUGCACCAAGUUAAACACAGUCAACGAAAUAAACUGUCACCUGACUUAAAAAUGAAACAAGAGAGAGAACCAGUGUCACGUCCUCCUAUAUCCCCUCCCCUAAUAACAACGAAAAAAUCGCCAAGAAAUACAGUGGCUCCAUAUUCACAAAGACAACCAGAUGAAGAGAAUGUUGCUAUACAUACUGUGCCUUGUAAAAUAUGUGGUCGAAAAUUUGCUGAUGAUCGUCUUGCUAAACAUUUGAAUGUUUGUAAAAAAUCCAAAAACAAAAAGAGAAAAGUUUUCGAUAUGACAAAAGCUAGAACACAAGGAACAGAAAUAGAAAAAUAUGCAAUACAGAAUGUUGUAACGAAAGCUAGAACCCCGCCUGUAAAAAAAUCAAACUGGCGAAGCAAACAUGAAGACUUUGUUAGGACAGUCAGAGAAGCGAAAAAGGCACAAAUCCAUCUAGCAAAUGGAGGAAGCUUGUCUGAUUUGACUCCUCCGCCACCAAUGGAAAAUCCAGACUAUGUACACUGUCAAUAUUGUGACAGAAAGUUCGAUCCUUAUGUUGCUCAACGACACAUUCCAAGAUGCAAGGAUAUAAAAUCAAGACCAAAACCUCCAAAGCGACGUGGGGUGUAAUAAAUAAUUACUAAAUUUGACAUUUAAAUCCACUUUAUGAGCUUACAUGAUCUGAAGCAGUAACCUUUAUUCUUAGUUAAUGCUGCUGAAGAUUUGUCGAUAAAUUAUGGAAGUUUAUGACCAUCAUUUCCAUAUCUGUAUUUUUUGAGACUGGAUUUCAGCAAUGGAAAUUUCCAGAACACUUAAUUUUAAACAUUUCUCUGUAUGUUGCUCAUAAAUACAAAAAUAAAGAACUUUCACAUAAUUUUAUUAAUAAAGCCAUCUUGCCUUUUUGUAAUUUAGUUUAAACUGUGAGCCAAUUAACAUCAAGAUCUUCCACGAUUUUUUAUGAUAUGAUCUUCCUUCCUCAAUUUAAAAAUUUAUUUUCUAACAAGCUGAACAAACUUUUUCAUCAUUGUUUUUAUGAUAUUUAAACAAACGUGGUUGUAUGCUUUUAUAUUCAGGCUGUUUGUUUUAGUUCAACAUAUCUAUAUACCUCGUGUCUGAACAAGUCUUCGUAUCAUUUAUAUUUUAAGGCAUCACAUGUAUAUUUCCCAUGCCUAACUAAAUGUACUGAAGACCUAUUAUCGGCAAAGGAACAAAUAUUUGUUUCUGACUUUUUAUGGACACUUGUAUAUCAAAUCAUUUUGUUUGAUUCCGAAAUAGUCUUCGAGAAAACAGAAGAACCUUACCCACAGGCACAGCUGUGUCAUUACAACUUCCGUAAUAGUACAUCAUUCCAUAAAUAUUCAUUUAUUUUUUUUACUACGAUUUAAUUUAUAUAUAUAAAUACUAUAUAUAGUUUUACAGUUGCUAUUUUGAAGGUAUUUUGCUGCAAUGUAUUCCCUCGUUUAAACGUUUUAUUAAAAGCAACCAUAUUUCUGUAA